UAGGCCGCGAGCACAGCGGUCCCGGCGGCCACGCCAUGGACUCGGGCACGGAAGAGCACGAGCUCAACGGCGACGUGCAUCUGGGCUCCCCGGACACCUCGCCACCUCAUUUGGGCUGGAGAACCCGGCCCAUCAACGUGAACCACUAUGCCAACAAGAAGAGUGCGGCCGAGAGCAUGCUGGACAUUGCCCUGCUGAUGGCCAACGCCUCCCAGCUCAAGGCCGUCAUCGAGCAGGGCCCCAGCUUCGCCUUCUUCGUGCCCCUCGUAGUCCUUAUCUCCAUCUCCCUUGUUCUCCAGAUUGGUGUGGGCGUGCUGCUCAUCUUCCUAGUCAAGUACGACCUCAACAACCCAGCCAAACAUGCCAAGUUGGACUUCCUUAACAACCUGGCCACAGGCCUGGUGUUCAUCAUUGUGGUGGUCAACAUCUUCAUCACAGCUUUCGGUGUGCAGAAGCCCAUGAUCGAGGUGGCACCCCGGCAGUAGGGGAUUCAGGAUCUUUUGGUAAAUUCGACCCAUUGCUUGGUGCCCAGAACUAGGAGCUGCUCGUCUUUGCAACGUCUGCAUUCUGUGGUACCUCCUACAUUGCCAGGGCUGGAGCACUGGACACCUCAGGAAUGAGCUAUGCUUCAGGGGCCAGUCAGGGGUCAUGACUUAUUCCAGAACAGGCCAACACUUGGCUAUCUGGUCCUCUGUGUCAGGACAUUCCUGGCAGAUAGGGAAAUGUCCCCUCUCCCUGUACUGAUGCCACCAGCUUGCUGGGCCUUACGAGGACAUACCUGAUUCACCUGGAUGAUGUAAUCGCUUCCACCUGCUUCCUAGUCAUGGGACAUUGAAAGCCAACCCCCUUCUUGGCCCUGGGGUUGGGUUUGGUGCCUUGGCUGUAGUGGACACCCCAAGGGAGUCUGCUGGCCUAGACUCGGCCCUGUGUUCACCCACCCUCAGGUCUGUCUACCCUCCACCAGCAGUGAUGGGGCAGCUCUGAAGCUCACCUGUUUGCAAAGCAUAAAGUGACCAUUAAGCUCCUACUUCCUCUGGACAACUCCCUGUGCCCGGCCUUCCACUGGCCAGGUCAGGGUGACCCAGUCUGCUGCAGCAGCUUGCAGGUUCCAGGCCUGGGGCUGUGUGAGGUGCUGCCCGGCUCUGCUUGCUGGGACCCCUUGUGCUAGGUGCAGAGGGUCAGGCCCCAGCCCAGGCCUGCUGCAGGCCUCUUGCCUCCACCUCUUCCCAGCCAGGAGACCCUGGGCAGAGGUUCGGGUUGAGAGUGCAUUCCAAAUGCUGGCAUAGACCAGCGGUUCAUGCAAGCCUUGCUUCCCCCACCCCCUCCACCUCUUUAAAUGUUGGAGUGAGGGAAAAAUACAACAAACUCCCUAUAUGCUUCACCAAGACCCCCGUGGUUCAUCUGCGCCACUUAUUUGAUCACUCAUGCCAAGCCGAUGAUCUUCCAAGGGUGGGCCCAGGACCAGCAUGCACCCUUAGCCUGUUGAGCCAUUGUUAGAAUAGCUUCAAGGCCAGUGCUGGCCUGUCCGAUGUAGGAAUUCUCAGAAAACCCGCCCACCCAAGACCUCAGGGCAGUGUGGGACCAUCCUCCCUCCACAGCUCCCCCUUCAUAGAAGCGCCUCACUCACGUAUUCAUGUGGCCGUCGCUCUGUCCUCAUGACAGGGUCAGGGGAUUCGCUCCCAGAAGGGAUGACUCCAGUCCAGCGCCGGCAUUGGCUGGUGACCCGACUGCUGGUGGUGCCUUUGAUGACUUUGGGUUAAGAGUUUGCUGUCUCAUUCCUGUGCAUCUCACUUUGGGGGCCACCGAGGGCAGGGCCAAGGAUACAUGCACUUUGGGAGAGGAGCAGCCUCUGCUAACAUCUCUAAAUAUUAGCACCCGUGUGCUCAGAAUAGGACCAUGUGACUCCGGCAAUGGUGCCAAGAGGUCUGUCCCUUGAAUGCCACAAGCAGCCCCCAGCUUCUAGUGAUGACCCCCUUCAGAGGCAGCCAGCUCCGAGCACUCCAUUGGCAAAUUUUUCCUACUGCCCAGAUAACCAGAAGACCCGGUGCUUUCUGCAUUGGGCUCAAUGGCGUGUCACAUUCCUGGGCCCAGUCGAGUCUACUCCGGGAUCAGUGUUUGCAAUCCCUCCUCUCCCCUGUCCGUGGACUAGAAGGGCUGCCGUGCUUCCAGAGCUGAGGGACCCUCUGGGGCCUUGCUCAGCCCUGUCGUAAGGCCAGUGCUACCUCAUCAGUUAGUGGUGACAUCUCAAGGCCAUGGAGGAAGGAGAAAGUGGGGAUGUGCGGCAGGGUGACCACUCAAGGCCACGUGACUCAUUUGUGCCAACAGCUCAUGCCAUCCACUCUGAGCAGAGUUUGUAAGGGCAAAGCUGGGUAUCACAGGCUGGGAGCCCCACCAUGUCCUCACCUCACCCACUCUGAAGACCCCAGCUUAACUCCUGAGGCCCCAUCCCAUGUUCUUCCACCCCCUGCUCUCUUCUUUUUCUCUGGGACCCCAUCCUCCCCUUCCCAUUCCAUUAACCUUCCUUCCUCAGCGUCCAGUGGAGUAGGGGCAUUCCUGUGGCCACUGAUGGCCUGUCCCAUCUCCCCUCGGGACUUACCUUGGUGAUCCUUCCGUGGUUCCUGACUUCGCCUGGCAUCGUAUGCCCUCCAGCCCCUCUUCCUCCUCCAUGCUGCCUUCCAGGGACCUGGGCUACCAAGCUCCACUUUCUCCUAAUCUGAGACAGAGGAUCAAAAAGUUCCAUCCUUAAAGUGGUUCAUUACAACUUCAGACUUGCAUGUAGGCCUAGUUCAGUCUCUUAGGGGGGAACAUCUUCUAAGUAAUCAAUAAACAAAUACUCAUGGCUGCA